GCACACUGAAGGAGUUUUGUCAGUCUCGUUCUCACCGGAUGGUACUCGCAUCGCGUCUGGUUCGGAGGAUAUGACUUUGCGGAUGUGGAGUGCAGUGAGAACUCAGCCAUCCGCCAAGCCCAGAGAGCCAGCUUCCUCCACAUCUUCCCUGCAUCGAAGUACCACACGUCUCACCCAAGAAAGCCGUAUCAUGCUGAUCAACACUUGUAACGAUCACCUCAUUUGUUUCUCGUCCAACCUGGAACACGCCCUGUCCAACCUCGCGGACUUGCUCGAACCCACCUCCCAUAAUUCUAAUUCAACCCCUUUCUUGCUGCGGACUGAUGGAUGGAUCAUGGGACCCGGUCAUCAGCUCCUUUUCUGGGUACCUCCCGCUUCCCGACAUGCAUUUUAUACUCCUUGGACCUCGUUGGUGAUACCCAGAGGAUACCCAGAACUUGAUUUGAGCCGCAUGGCACAUGGAACACGCUGGUCGAGUUGCCGGGAUGUCUCCAUGUAACAAUGCUUUUAUUGUUGAAAUAUCGAGUGUAUCAUUUGAUUCUUUGUCAAUUUUAUACCUAGCACCGACCCUGAAU